AUGUGCUUGAUUGAAAAUCAGCUCCCAUUCUUCAUUCUUGAGGAUUUGCUUAAAGCAUCCAGCAUAACCAGAUAUAGCCCUGCUGAAGAGGAAUAUUCAGUGAUUAAGCUUACAUACAAGUUCUUCGAAGAGAGACGGGAUUCUUGGAUGAAAAAGGGAAUUUUGGAGGAAAUCAAUUCGUCUGAAGUAGCACAUUUUGUUGACUUCAUAAGAAAAUGUCAGAAGCCAUCAGAGUCAGAUAAAACGGAGAAAGAACUCGAGACCAUAAACGUACCAAGUAUAACUGAACUCCAUCAAGCUGGAGUUAAGUUCAGGUUUAAACCGGGCAAAAGUUUGCUCGACAUGAAAUUCGAUAGAGGGAUCCUGGAAAUGCCACUAUUGAAAAUAGAUGACGACACAGAAAUCUUAUUCAGGAAUCUCCAGGCAUUUGAGCAAUGCCAUUGCGUCGAGGAUUAUAUAGCUAACUAUAUUUCAACGAUCAAUUUCCUUGUCGUUACUCCUAAGGAUGUUGAAAUCCUUGAUCGAAAUGGAAUUAUAGAAAACUGGAUACAUGACUAUGAAGCAGUGAUCAAUGCUCUCUCCGCGGAUGAUUUCAUCUUCGCUAGUCUCGUUGAAGAUCUGAAUGCAUACUGCAGGAGGCCUUGGAAUAAAUGGAAGGCAACCUUGAAACAAGAGUAUUUCCAUACUCCAUGGGCCAUAAUCUCUCUUAUCGCAGCCGCGAUUCUCCUCAUACUCACUACGGUACAAACUGUGUGUUCUCUUAUUCAAGUGUAG